AUGAAAAGUAACUUAAAUUCUAUCGAAAAUGCUAUUCAUUUUAGUGUAUGGAGUAUAGCUUGUCUUUAUUCUUUGUAUGAAUUGAUUAGAGCACAAACUGAUGUACUGGGAGGCUUCAAUAAUUUAGAAUACCCAUUGAGAGAUUUAAAUUCAGGAUGGAGAUUUAUUAGAAGACUGAAAGAUGAGUCUGAUGUUGAAUGGAGUACAUGGAAAUAUCUGAUACGAACUACAUGUGAAAGCGAUGAAGAAGUUUUUGUAAUGUUGUAUGCAGUUGCAUGGGUUGAAAUAAGAUGUAUUACUUUUUGUCUAGAUUAUGUUGAUAAAGUAGAAAAAUUGGAAUUUGCUGAAAAUGAAAAAUAUGUUGAAUUAUCAGCAUCUAAACAAUUUGUCAAUAUGUUCAGUUAUGUUUUGUACCUCCCAGUAUUAUUUGUUGGACCUAUUAUUGAUUAUGAGGCAUUUGAGAACAGUUUUCAAGUACAAAACCAAAACUUGAGAGACAGACUUAAAAGAUUCAUUUGGAAUAUGGCAUUAUAUGCAAUUUAUACACUGCUCCUGGAAUUUGCCUUUCACUACAUAUAUUUUAUUGCAAUGCAGAGUAAUUUAAAGGUUAUUACUUUGUUGCCAUCUUCAGCCCUAUGCGGAGGUGGAUUAUGGAUGGGUUUAGAAUUUCAUCUAAAAUAUGUCAUAUCAUACGGAACUACUACAUCUUUUGCGAGACUAGAUAACAUUGACCCACCUCCAACACCGAGAUGCAUAGCCAGAAUUCAUGUGUAUUCACAAAUGUGGAGGUAUUUUGAUGUUGGUCUGUACAGAUUUUUAUUCAAAUAUAUAUACACACCAGUAUACAACACAAUUAAAUAUUAUGUGACAAUGAACAAGAUGAUUUACAAGUUGAUAUCAUCACUUGUAACAUUUAUGUUCAUCUUUACAUGGCAUGGUACUGAUAUAGGAAAUUUAUAUUUUGGGUUAUUUAAGUCUCCAUCUUUGUAUAACUGUGCAAUGGCUUACAUUGCUUUGUACUGUUGUUGUCAUGUUGCUAUUGCUCUUAAAAAUGUGCCCUCUAGAACAGAUGUAAAGGAAAUAGACAGUAAGACUGUAUUCCACCUACACAUAGACUGA